AUGUCAGCGCAAAAACGAACAACCUGCGCUCUGCCGGCCAGCCUAGGCAACUGGUCAUCGAUGAACGAUCAAGAACUGGUGAGUAGCCUAGAUUCCGGCAGCAUGUGGUGGUGGCCAUUUGACAGAGCAGAAGCAAAACUUUGCUCUUGCCCUACUCCUUCCUCCUUCCUGCUUUCUACUCCGAAGCCGCCUUUGAUGUUCUUCCCUUCCCCAUUUGCCCGUUCUUCCUCUGCAGUGGAUUUUUUUCUCUCCAAAAUGUAA